AUAGUUAUGAUUUCAUGGUCGACUCUCACUGUUUCGUUCAUAAUCGUCCUUAAUUUCACUUUUCCAUUUCUUUAGUUCUCACGGUCUCUUUCUCUCUUGCAGGCGAAAAGGGAAGCGACUUCCUCAAAACGCCAGGAUUUCUCUGGGAAAAUCAAAUUGGAUUCUUAUUUUGUUGGAAAGAAAAAAGAAAAAAAGGAUCAACGUUUUGAGUUUUAAAUGCAUGUUUUGUUUCAUUGGUUAAUCAUUUUAUCGAGUUUUGACUAGAACUCAAGAACAAAUUAUUUGUUUUUUUUUCUGGGUAUAAGGGAAAUUCUUGAUCCUUGAAAACUCGAUUAACUUUUCUUUAUAAUCUUGAAUUCUUCAUUGUUGGGUCAGAAGAAAGAAAAAAAGAAAAGGUUGUUGGGAAUUAGCUGAAAACCAAAUUGAGAAAGUUUUGAGAAUUGGGAUUUGGGAAUUAAAUUCCUGGGAAUUUAAUUGUUUUUUUCUUUCUUUUGUUUGGUGGGGUUGAAUUUUCAUUACUAAAGAGUAAAGAGAGAAAGGAAAAAUGACUCUAAAUUCAUUGCCUGGGAGUUCAGGGUAUCUGGAUUUGUUUCCAGAAAGAAGAAUGUCAUAUUUCAGUAAUCCUUAUGUUUUAGGACUUACUGUCAUUGCUGGUAUUGGUGGCUUGCUCUUUGGCUAUGACACAGGUGUAAUAUCAGGGGCCCUUCUUUAUAUAAAAGAUGACUUUGAGGUGGUCAAUCAGAGUAGUUUCCUGCAGGAAACAAUUGUCAGCAUGGCAUUGGUUGGUGCAAUCAUUGGAGCUGCAUCUGGGGGUUGGAUUAAUGAUGCUUACGGCCGUAAGAAGGCUACUCUUCUUGCAGAUUUUGUCUUUACUGCUGGAGCAAUUGUCAUGGCUUUAGCACCGGAUCCAUAUGUGCUGAUAUUGGGCCGACUUUUAGUUGGCCUGGGUGUGGGCAUAGCAUCUGUUACUGCUCCUGUAUACAUUGCUGAAGCAUCACCCUCAGAAGUAAGGGGUGGGCUAGUGAGUACAAAUGUGCUUAUGAUAACUGGUGGACAGUUUCUUUCCUACCUUGUAAAUCUUGCUUUUACAGAGGUUCGAGGAACUUGGAGAUGGAUGCUUGGAAUUUCAGCUGUGCCGGCUAUCAUUCAGUUCUUCCUUAUGCUCUGUUUGCCUGAGUCUCCACGAUGGCUUUUCAUGAAGAAUGAGAAAGACAAAGCCAUAGCUGUGCUUUCUAAAAUUUAUGACAUUGCUCGAUUAGAGGAUGAAGUGGAUCACCUUUCUGCUGCUCUAGAAGAAGAGCGUCAAAAAAAGACAACUGUCCGAUAUUUGGAUAUUUUUAAAACAAAAGAAAUCAGACUUGCCUUUCUUGCUGGGGCUGGACUUCAGGCUUUUCAGCAGUUCUCUGGCAUCAAUACAGUUAUGUAUUAUAGCCCAACAAUCGUCCAGAUGGCUGGAUUCAACUCCAAUCAGCUAGCACUUCUCCUUUCUCUCAUUGUUGCUGCCAUGAAUGCAGCGGGAACUAUUGUUGGCAUAUACCUUAUUGAUCAUGUUGGAAGGAAAAGUCUGGCACUUUCGAGUUUAUCAGGUGUCAUUGCAUCCCUUGUCAUCCUUGCUGGGGCCUUCUUUGCUGAAACAUCUGGUUCUUCAAAUGGAAUUUAUGGAUGGCUCGCGGUCAUUGGAUUAGUCCUUUACAUCACAUUCUUCUCCCCUGGAAUGGGACCUGUUCCAUGGACUGUGAACUCCGAGAUAUACCCUGAGCAAUACCGAGGGAUAUGUGGGGGCAUGUCUGCUACCGUGAAUUGGAUUUCAAAUUUGAUUGUGGCCCAGACUUUUCUCACAAUUGCUGAAGCUAUUGGAACCGGUGGUACUUUCUUGAUUCUUGCUGGCAUAGCUGUGCUUGCAGUUGUUUUCGUGAUUGUGUUUGUGCCGGAGACCAAGGGACUGACAUUUGUUGAAGUGGAACAACUUUGGAAGGAGAGGGCUUGGGGCAGCGGUUAUAACACUGAGAGCCUUCUUGAACAUGGAAACGAAUCCUAGUUAUCGUUAGAAUCAAGCCGGCUUCCAUUUCUAUGAAGUUGGUAGCUUAUCCUGGAGACAUCUGAAGGUACGUUCUCAUCUUUCCACACAUCUAUGUGGAAAUAUAGAUAUCUGUAACGUGAAACGUUCAGAUUGUUUUGGGGUUUUUGUUCUUGCAUGUUUUAGAGUCGAGAACUUGUGGAUGGUCAUAGGACUAUCUUGUGUAUAUAAACUACAUCAUUGUCAGGGGGACGCCUUUUAUGUAGUCCCCAAACCGAGACAGGCUCCUUGUAUAUGUAAUUGCUUCCCUUUUCAAGCUCUGUUGGAAGCACAAUUGGAAUUGAACUCAUGAAAAUUGCAUAUUGCAAUUAAUAUGG